AUGCAGAACCCAAUUGGCCUCGUCCUUCAGCAUUUGCUCCACGUAUUUCGCACCAAAAUGCACCCAGUUAGCGCGUUUCCUUUAGGUGUCUCUUAUAUUACCACGGUGGGAAUGGCGACGCAGGUUCGCCCUUCCAUCGCUCCCAGCCUGCCCCCACUAUCUAUCCCUACAUCCGCCGCAGCAUCCCUAUCGACACUUGCGACAAAUCUCGAGAAUGGAGAUACAUCUACCCCCAAAACACUUAUGCACAUGAACGGGUUAUUCCUUGUCUUCAGCACCUCCAAUAUACUCCCCGCCACAUAUUCAUACCAUCUCAACCGCCCUCACCAUCGAAAUGGCUAG